CGUAUCCGCUGCGACCUUCAGCCCAUUCCGUCAACUCAGCUGUUGACGUCUCACACAUCCUCUUCCAUCAUGAGCGAGGACACAUCAAAAACGCCGAGUCCCACAGUCGACUUCGUCGCCGGCGUCAUUGCUGGCGCUGCCGGCCUAAUCGUGGGCCAGCCGUUCGAUGUUGUCAAAGUACGAUACCAGACCACGUCAUACAGUGGGAGAUACACCAGCAUCCACCAGGCGUUCCGCGCAAUUUUGCGCGAGGAAGGGUUUAGGGGCAUGUUCAAGGGCGUCAUGUCGCCGAUGGCGGGUAUUGCCGGAGUCAACGGCAUUGUUUUCUCGUCCUAUCAGUUCUUCAUGAAUGCCCAGAUCCCCAAGGAGGGUGUCGACCCCACGCUUGGUCAGAUUUGCCUCGCCGGAGCGGGAAGUGGUGUCAUCGCCGCCACGCUUACAUGCCCUAUCGAGCUCAUCAAGAUCCGCCAGCAGUCGCUUCCACCCCACCUGAAUCCUAACGUGUUGACUGUGACACUCGGCAUUCUCCGCAGUGGCGGCCUCCGUGGUCUGUACCGAGGAUAUUCGGCGACAGUGAUUCGCGAGCUUGCAUACGGACCAUACUUCUGGGCGUACGAGGCGUCCUGUCGCCUUUUGAAGUGGCGACGCUCACUUCCGUCCACCCCGCAUGGACACGGGUUGAUUGACGAGGCCGAGGCGGAAUUACACUCAGGCUUGAACUGGGCUGAACUGAUGGCCGCCGGUGGUGUCGCCGGUGUCAUCGCUUGGGUUGCUACCUUCCCUUUCGAUGUGUGGAAAACACGCAUGCAGAGUGCCGACGAAAAUAGCAAGCCACUCGGUCUACGCCGCGUCAUGGUCGACAGUGUACGAAAGGAGGGAUGGCACGUCAUGUUCCGCGGGUUGUGGCCCUGCGUAGUCCGCGCUAUCCCUACGAACAUGGUCACCUUCCUCACCUUCGAGACGCUAGUGUCUCAUAUGGCCUAAGCUAGCGUCGUUUGACGAGCUAGCUCGCCGAUCCGCGGUAUGCCCCGCCGCGAUUGCCGGUUGCGUGCAAUUGCGCGUGAACGGGCGAGCCCACCAUGCCAACCAUGAGCACAUCGCGUGGCGGUGGAAAUGGGUGCACGGCUGGGCCAGACCGAGGCCCAGGGAUUGUGAUUGCCUCCGACCCUCCGACAAGCGAUCCUUAGGAACGGGAAGGCACGGGUGGACCGAGAAUCGGUGCGAUUCGUUUUGCACAAUCUUGCGACCCCUCAGCUCCCAGGCCUGCGGGUCGGCUCCAUCCAUCGUCAUUCCAUCUGCCGACCCAUGGCCCGAUUGUACUUUGCAUGUAUUUUAAUGACCCGU